AUGGGUGCCCUCAAAUACGUCGAAGAACUUCAGAAGAAGAAGCAAUCCGAUGUCCUUCGAUUCCUUCUCCGAGUCCGCUGCUGGGAGCUGCGACAAUUGAAUGUCAUCCAUCGCGCUUCCCGCCCGUCUCGCCCAGACAAGGCCCGCCGUCUCGGGUACAAGGCCAAGCAAGGCUAUGUCAUCUACCGUGUCCGAGUUCGACGUGGUGGUCGCAAGCGACCGGUGCCAAAGGGUGCUACUUAUGGUAAACCCACCAACCAGGGUGUGAACCAACUCAAGUACCAACGAUCCCUGCGUGCCACCGCCGAGGAGCGUGUCGGCCGCCGCUGCGCCAACUUGCGUGUCCUCAACUCAUACUGGAUCAACCAAGACUCGACCUACAAGUACUUUGAGGUCAUCCUGGUCGACCCGCAACACAAGGCCAUCCGUCGUGAUCCCCGCAUCAACUGGAUCGUAAACCCUGUCCACAAGCACCGCGAAGCUCGUGGCCUCACCGCUACCGGCAAGAAGUCUCGUGGCUUGGGCAAGGGUCACGGAUUCAACAAGACCACCGCUGGACGAAGAAAGACCUGGAAGCGUCACAACACUCUGUCUCUGUGGAGAUACCGAUAA